GCUGCCUCUGCGGCGGUGAGCCAUCGUAGAUUCCUGGGGCUCGUGCCUGGGGGCUGCCCGGCGCGGCGCGGACGCACCGCCUCCAUACGUACGAGCGACAGCAGCGACGCGCGCGCCAUUCGCGCCGAGCGAAGAGCGCUCCACAAGCACAGCGCUCACCCUAGACGCGAGACGCGGCCGCGGCGGCGCGGACCGGCCGCGCGCGACGCCGUCGGCGCGCCAUCUUCAGUAAAUCAUGGGCAAGGGCCGCAGCAACAUCGAAGGGUUAGACCCGGAAAGCCCGAGAACGCUCGAGGCAUGUUUACAUCGCGGCAUCACGAUCGAGGAGCUCCGGCCGCGGGACGAGAAGACGUUCCGGCGGGGCAUGGAGUCCGCGGAGUUCACGCAUCGGCGGUUUGAUUUUUUUGAAAAAAGACGGCAGGACAAGAUCGCGCUCGUGAAAAGCCGUCGAAAUGAUUUGGUGCGGAAGUCUGAGCGUUAUGAAGGGCCCGGCGGUCUCAGUACGGGCGAGAAGCGCGCCCUCGAGGAGGCGGCGAAGCAGAAGGCGGCUACUAUUGAAAUAGAACGUAAAAGAGUGGAAUCGAUCAAGCGCAAGCAGCAGCAGGAGAUCGCGCGCAUCAUCGAGAAGGAAAAAGUUCUGACGAACAUGCAGGAGCACCUGGCGCACAUCCAGGAGCUCGAGGCCGAGCGCGCCGCGAAGCACCAGGAGAAGCGCGACAAGGCGAAGCAAAAAGUGAUUUCCCGCGUCUUCAAGUUGUACUUCAAUUCGGGGUCUCUCGGGGUGUGCGUGAGGUGAUAGUCGCGCCAGAUGCUCGUGUGUAGCUCUCGGAGGUCGUGGCCGAGUUUGGGCCUCUCAGAGGGCCGCGGUGCCGAGAGAGCGACGCGACCGCUCUCACUCGGCGAGAAGUGAGGAUAGCGCCGCGUCGACGGCGUGAGGGGCUCAGCGACGCGCUCAGACGCCGUCGACGCGACGACUCACGCGAUGACCUCCCGCAGGUCGAGGCGAAGAAACAGGAGAUGCAGGCGCGGCGAGCGCAAGCAGUGGCGGAAGAAUUCGAGACCAUGCGCGCCAUCGCGAAGAAGGAGCGCGAGGUCGCCAAGAAGUUGGAAGCCGUGCGCAUCGAGACCGAGGCGCGCAUCGCCCAGGAAGCGGCGAUCCGCGACGCCGAGCGGAAGAAAAAAGUUGAAGAAAAGUUGAAGAAGAGUCAGGCGAUCCUCAAGGAAAUAGAACGGAAGGGCGAGGAGAGUCGCUUGCGGGCCGUCGAGAAGGAGCAGCGCAUCCAGGCGAUCCUCGAGGUGCGGUCCCGCGUGGUCUCUUUGUCGAGUUCGGGGCCGUUCGGACCGCGUCGCGACGGUAUCUGUACAACGCAGGUCAAGAAGGCCAAGAAGAAGGAGGAGAUCCGUAUAGCAAGGGAGAAGGCCGAGAAAAGAAUAGCGGCGGCCCUCGAGGCGAACAACGCGAAGCAGCGCCGGAAGCGCGAGGUCUUCGACGCGAAGCAGGUCGAGGUGCGCUCGCGGCGUCCCGUUGUACUCGUGGCCAUCUCACGAUGCCGUGGGUGGUCGCUUCUUCGAGUUUGAGGCCAUUCGGACCGCGUCGGGACCGCGACCGCCGUCGAGUCGCGAUGCGGUCCGAACCGGUUCAUUGAAGGACCAGAGACCACCCACGUCCGUCAUUCCUGGAGACGAGUCGUAUUGAUGAAGUGAAACCACCACAACACGUCAAAACGCGGAGAUCACGUGUCUGUCGCGCGCAGGUCGAGAUAAGAAAGAAAGAAGCGAUCGAGGAGGAGAAGGUCAAGAUCGUGAAGGACAUCGAGCGGGGCAUCAAGGCGCAGGAGGAGGUGCAAGAGCGCAUCAAGUACGCCGCGUCGAUCCGCGCGGAGCGAAGGCAGAAAAUAAUUGACCACAGAAAAGAAAAGGAAAAGUAUUACGGCGUCGUGCGAUCUCCGCGUUUUGAAGUGUUGCGGUGCCUUCCCUGCCUUGGCUGGACUCGUGGCCAUCUCACUUCCAUGAGAGUGGUUUCUUUGUCGAAUUUGAGUGAAUUCGAGCGCAGGUCCGGAAGGAGCGGCUCGAGAGGGUCGCGAAGCAGAAGCUCGAGCACGAGCUCGACGAGAUCGCUCGCCUCGAGAACUGCGCGCGGAUCCAGCGGAUGCACGAGUUCCACCGCUUACAAUUGCUGCAAAAAACCCAGAAAGACGAUGUGAGAUUCCAGCAGAUCAAGGCUACUCGCAAACAAUUGGUGGAGACGCGCAAAAGAAAUGCGUGGGAGUCGUUCAUGCGCAAGCACCACAUUAGGGAGGCCAUGGAGCAGAUGAAGAUCACGGGGAAGUUCGUGAGUCUGGACGACAUCAUCGAUCCGAACGGGUCGAACCGCGGGUCGAUGUCGGACGAGGAGGACUAGGACUACCUGGGGGUCUUAAGGGUAUGAGUAUAGCUUCCGCGGCGGCGGCGUUUGCGGCGAUGGC